CUCAGUGCUGGGGUUCCAGUGUGUUUAGUACCACGGCACUGCCAGGCUAUCCUGGUUCUCAUCCUCAUAGAAUGGCCGCGGAGAUCCACCCCAAGCCUCAGACUCGUAAACCUAUCCUGCUCAGCAAGGUGGAGGGCUCUCACGAUGUGGUGAACAUGGCAGUCAUUGUACCCAAGGAGGACGGGGUCAUCAGCGUCUCCGAGGACAGAACUGUCCGUGUCUGGAUGAAAAGAGACAGUGGUCAGUUCUGGCCAAGUAUAUAUCAUGCAAUGCCAGCUCCGUGUUCAUGCAUGUCUUUUAACCCAGAGACCAGAAGAUUGACAGUAGGUCUAGACAACGGUACUAUAUCAGAUUAUAUUUUAUCAGAAGAUUAUAACAAAAUGAAUCACGUAAAAACAUACAAUGCACAUCAGAGCAGAGUAACAAUGGUUCUGUUCAUCCUUGAAAUGGAAUGGGUGCUGAGUACUGGGCAAGAUAAGCUUUUUACGUGGCACUGUUCAGAGAGUGGGGAGCGGCUCGGAAGCUAUCGCACAGCAGCCAAUGCUUCUUGUUUGCAAUUUGAUGUGGAGACCAGACAUGUGUUUGUUGGUGACCAUUCGGGGCAGGUUACGAUUCUUAAACUUGAACAAGAUAGCUGUAGCCUCAUCACCACAUUUAAGGGACAUACAGCUGGAGUGACUGCACUAUGCUGGGAUCCAGUCCAGAGACUUUUGUAUUCGGGAAGUUCUGACCAUUCUAUCAUCAUGUGGGAUAUUGGAGGACGAAAAGGCACCGCAGUAGAACUACAGGGACAUAAUGAUAAAAUUCAGUCCAUCUCCUAUGCCCACCAUUCGCGACAGCUGAUAUCGUGCAGUGCUGACGGCGGCAUUGUAGUAUGGAACAUGGAUAUAGAAAGACAGGAGACCCCAGAGUGGUUGGAUAGUGAUUCUUGUCAGAAGUGUGACCAGCCUUUCUUCUGGAACUUCAAACAGAUGUGGGACAGCAAAAAGAUAGGCCUCAGACAGCAUCAUUGCAGAAAAUGUGGGAAAGCAGUGUGUGGUAAAUGCAGCUCUAAGAGGUCCAGCAUUCCUCUCAUGGGCUUUGAGUUUGAAGUAAGAGUCUGUGAUAGCUGUCACGAGACCAUCACAGAUGAACAACGUGCACCCACUGCAUCUUUCCAUGACAGUAAACAACAUAUUGUCCACGUACACUUUGAUGCCACCAGGGUAUGGUUAUUGACCUCAGGAACUGACAAGAUAAUUAAGCUAUGGGAUAUGAAUCCAGUGGUUUCCUGAUGACAGCUGAUUCAAUAGAAUAUGGAUUAAAGGGAUGUACAGAGAGAGACUACUUCUUGUUCUUGGAAACGCAGGAAUAUCUAACAAUCAACAUUUUAAUAAGAAUUUGACAUAGAUGAGACAUUGGACUUUCUUCUUUUUUUUUAACAUUUGGACCAAGUUUGAAAAUCUGAGAGUUUAUAUUUUAACUUGAAAAACUUGCAGUAUGAAAUCUUCUUCAUUCCUUGGUUUGUUUUUGUCCAUUUCGGAGUGUAUCAAGCUUGGGGUUUAUAAUUCAGGUAAAGGUUUGUGUGCUGUGUAAUGUAGUCUACUUGUCUGCUGUGUAUGUUUUUGUUGCUUCUUUUUCACAGUCUUUGCAUGCUACUAUCAUCUAAAAGGGUUUUUAGGUCAUGUAGAAGAUUCUUCUAAUCAACAAAAGAUUGAAUGAAAAAUAAAUAUUAAUGCGGUUGUAUAA